AUGGCGGUUUCACAAGAAAAAAGUAUUAUUGAAGCAAUAGAAACUUUAACUAGUAAUUCUCAACAAUCCGAGCUUUAUGUUGGACAGCAUUAUAUUUCAUGGCAAUCUGCUAUAGCUUACGUUUCAGAAUGGUGUAAUAUUCAAGGGUUUCAAUCACGAUUAGAUAGAUCUGAUCGUAACAAUAAUAUGCCAGCAGGUGAAUAUAGGAAAUUAGCUAUUGUUUGUCAACACUCUGGUAAAUAUAAAAAGCCGUUAGCUGAAUUAUCUUUGAACAAUAAUAUUAAAGAAAAUCAUAAGACGAUAGCAAAAGUUAGUAAAACUAUUCGAUUAGGUUGUAAAGCUCAUAUCAACCUAUCAAGACCGGAAAAAAAUAAUGUCAAUCAAUAUGUAUUUGUUACAACAAUUGUAAAUGAACAUUGUCAUGAACUUAAUUCUCAACUUAUAAAUUACACAAAAGAGACAGCAUUAACGAGAGAAAUGAUAGAGGAUAUUAAGUUUUUAACAUUACAAGUUCGUCUUACUAUAACACAGCAAAGAGUAUAUCUUGAAAAAAAGUAUCCUGAGCGAAAAAUUCAAUCUGAUAUCCUUCGUUAUGAAAUACAAAAAUACCGGCCAUCAGCAAAAGAGUUAAAUAGAGAUGCGUUAAAUCUCUAUGAACAUCUUCUUAAAUUAAAAGAAGAUGAUAUUAGAUGGCAAAUUUUUGUCAAUUUUGAUAAAACAAAGACUAAAACAUAUUGGGCACUUUGUUUUACUUCAACAAUUUUCAACGCGGCAGUACAAUCUACUUCACGUGUAGAAGGCAUGAAUGCAGUUUUAAAACGUGAAAUUCUUAAUUCCAACACCUCUCUAUUGCAACUUGCUGAAGUAAUACAUCGUCAUCAUAAAGAAGAAGAAAAACAAAAGGAAUUUGCUUUUUGGAAAACAGUCAUUCCUUGUGUAGUUGACUUACAAACAGCAAGUUUCCUUUUUACUGCAAUCGAAGCAUUAAUAAAAAAAUACUUAACAACUCCAUUAUAUAAUCUUCAAGUUCAAGAAAUCAAUCAAAGUGUUUAUUACAAGUGUGAACAAUUUGAAUUAAACCAAAUUGACAUGUUUGAACAGAUUUCUGAAGUGAUUGAUACAGGUUUUUUGGAAGAUUUACCUGAUGAGCGUAAAGCAUGUAUCAAAUCAAUUUUUUAUCAUGUUAACCAAAGAGAAAUUAAAGAAAUUUGGGGUAUUUCAGUUCAAAAUACCCAAAAAUUCAAACAUUUUAUCCUUUUAAUGAACAAUUCGGCCCAUUUAUGUUCAUGUUUAGCAACAGUUACAAGGGAAAUUGUUUGCCGACAUUAUUUUAGUCUUAUGAUGCAUACACAUACAGCAAUGUUUCACAUUCAACUUAUUAGACCACGUUGGUAUAAAAAUCGAGACUUGGAUGGAAAACAUGAACCUUUCGUAUUUGCAGCUAAAUUUCAGGACACUGAAUUGUUAAAGCAACCAGAAAUAAAUCAAGAAAUUUUUUAUCUAACGGCUUUAAUACAAAACAAUGUUGAUAAAUGGGAGCAGAUAAGUAAAUCUACUUUAGAUGAAAAACUUUUCUUUGGAAAAGUGAUGGGAAUGGCUAAAAAAGUUACUCUUAAGGCGGUUGAAAAAAAGGAUGAGCGAAUUUUUGAGAUUUUUCAACGCUAUCUUGAUGAACUUAAUGAUUUUGAGGAUGAGCUUAAUAGUGAAAUAGAUACCGAUGAUGAAGCUAAUGAAAAUAGCUUGCAGCUUCAAAAUCCAAUUAAGAAACCUAGAAAAGGUAGACCAAAAGGAACAACAAGAAUUAAAAGUGCCAUGGAGCCUCCAAAAUCUAACAAGAGUCAACGGCAUUGCAAAAUUUGUAGACAAGCCGGACAUUAUUCAAGCACGUGUACACAAAAUCAAAAAUAA